GUACAAUCAUCUUUUCCCUAUUUUGAAUGCUCUCUACAAGAUCUGACAUCUACAUAAAGAAAAGCACCUAGUUGAAGGCCCCAUAUCACCGACGCCACGAAACAGCACUCGCGUCCGAUCUGUAUCAGAAGCCUCGCACCCCAAUAUGAUAGAAGAAAGACAAGGUGGUGCGCCCCAUGGUAUCCUUCUAGCACUGGUGGUGGCCAUUGUUGUCAUUGUCCCUUUCCUUCUUGGCGAUCAAGGCGAGGCCAUCACUGAAGCCAUCUCCGAGCUCCUCAGCCCCCUGGGCCUCCUCCUCCUCCCCAUUAUCCUCCUCCUCACCAUUCAGUUCCUCUCCUCCGAUCGCGGCUCUUUCAUCUCCUCCCUUUUCUCCACCGGCGAACCCGAUUCCAUCCACCGAGUCAGCGGAUCACCCGUCGGCGUCGCCCUCUUCCUCCUCCUCAUCCUUUUCCUCCUGUACAACCGCGUUUCGAUCUUCGGCGGCGACGAUGAUUCCGGCGACUGAAGAUCGCUCACGGAUCUGGGUUACUAGGUCCCACGGCUGAACUCUGUACUUUCCUUUAUUUAUUUAUUUUUUAAAGUUACACGUUCUUGUAUUGCUGUCUGUACCCCAUUUUUUGGUUCCCACGUAUGAAUCACUUCGUUGACAAAAACACGAGAGAGCAAGUUCAUUUUGUAAUUUACGGGCAGAUUGAUGACCAACUAGGGAGAAGGA